GAGUGACGUUCUCGCCGCAACCACGACGAUCGUCGUCGCUAUUAAAAAAUAUUAAUUUUUCGGUUCCUAAUGAGAUCCCAACUCUAUAAUUGGUAAUCUUCUAGGGAAAGUUUCAUUCUAUUAAAUUAGCCUAAGUUUAUAACAUUAGUACAUAUUCAUAUGUAUAUUUAUGGUUGUCUAGUAUAUACGUAUAUGUUUACCAUUUACCAUUCUUUUGAUGACUCAUUCGAAUGUCACUUGUCAGUAAAACUAACUCUGGAUUGGAUUCCCUGAUUUGACGUUAAUGGUCGUUAUUUACAAGUUUUGAAAACUUCCAAUUAUACAUAUAUAGUUGAUAUAACUUUGUUAUAAAUUAAUACUUUUUUAUUUAACAAUUCAUUGUUGAAAAUGUCAUCUUCACUCAUUCAACAUAGGAAAAAACAAUCACAGCAACGUUCACAAAAUGUGGAAGUUGUCGUUCGCAUAAGACCUCUAAGUAAACAAGAGGAGGAACAAAAGGUUAAAAGUAUUGUUACCAGUCACACACAUAGAGAAUUGAUUUUAAAAGACAAGAAAUACAGCUUUGAAAGAGUUUUUAAACCUAGUGCUACCCAAAUUGAAUUAUAUGUAAAUGUGAUAGCUCCUAUGAUACUUGAUGUAGUUGAUGGAUAUAAUUGCACAGCUUUUGCUUAUGGACAAACAGGAACUGGAAAAACUUUCACCAUGAUGGGGGAGAAAUGUAAUCUUGUGGGUAACUGGAAACAGGAUCCCGAUGCUGGGUUGAUACCAAGAGCAGCAUUUCACAUUUUUGAUGAACUUAGUAAAUUAUCAAAUAUAGAUAUAAAUGUUAAGGUGUCAUUCAUUGAAUUAUAUAAUGAGGAAAUUAGAGAUUUGUUAAGUGACGAUGAAAAUACAUUACAGAUGUAUAGUGCUCCCAAAGGCUCAGUUUCUAUCCAAGGAUUGACAGAAAUUUCAGUACAUAGUGGUGAAGGUAUUUGUAAGUUAUUACAAAGAGGAAUUAUGAAAAGACAGAUAGCUCCUACACUAAUGAAUCAUCAAAGUUCCCGGUCACACACAGUUUUUUCUAUUGUUGUCAAUACCAGGGAAACUACAAUAUCAGGUGAUGAUAUCCUUAAAACUGGUAAAAUAAAUUUGGUGGACUUGGCCGGUAAUGAAAAUAUUGCUAGAUCUGGCUGUAAGGACAUGAGGGCAAUGGAGCUGGCAAAUAUUAACAAAUCUCUUUUGACACUUGGUAGAGUUAUUCAAGCUUUAGUUGACAAAUCACAAAAACAUGUACCAUACAGAGAUUCGAAACUUACAAGAAUCCUCCAAGAUUCUUUGGGUGGACAUACAAAGACAGUAAUUAUUGCAACCAUUUCACCUGCCAGUAAUUCAUAUGAAGUGACCGCUAGUACUUUAGAAUACGCUAGUAGAGCUAGAGAUAUAAAAAAUACCCCAACAGUUAAUGAAAAAAUGACAAAACAUGAAAUCAUUAAUAGUUUAGUUGAAGAAAUUGACAGAUUACAAAAAGAUUUGGAUGCAGCUAGAUCAGGUACAGGAUUUUACGUUGAUAAGGAUAACUAUCAAAAGAUGUUGGAUGCAAUUAUAGCUGUAACUGGAGAAAAUAUUACAGCAGAAGAAUUAACUGAAAAGAAAGCAGAGAGAAUUAAACAGUUAGAGGAUCGAAUGUAUUGCAAAGUCAGAGAAUUUGAAGAGACUGUUGUGCAAUGUCUGAAACAACGAGAGGAAUUAGAAGCUGCAAAAGCCACCAUAAAGGAACAGGAUGAGUACUUAGAACAAGAGAAGUUUCUUUCAAAAUGGUACGAAAAUCAAACCAGUGAAAAACUCGAAGAAGCAAAAAAAUUAUUGGCAGCUACAAAAAAUUUACACAGUGAAAAAGAAAUCUUAUUAGCCAAAUUGGAACAUCAGUUCACAAUAAACGUUUCGAAUGAACAAAUAACACAGAAGGCGGUAGGAAACGUUUUAAAAAUGUUGGAUCAAUUUGGAAACGAAGAAACUGAAAAAUUUAUGUGCAGUGAAAAUAAAAUCAAAAACAAGAUUAGUGAAAGGAUAUUUGAAUUUAAGGAGAAUUUUCAGAAGUCUUCAAAUACUUUCAAAAAUAUUUCAAUUGAAUUUGAAUCAACAGUUAAAGAUUCGAAAAAUGCAUUAUGCAUAAAAAAAAAUAUUUUAUCUAAAUCAAAAUAUUACAUUAAUAAAAUUAAUGAGAAAACAAAAAUUAUCGAAGACAUCUUUAAUCAACAUGAAAAACUAAUUGAUGUACUGAAUUUAGAGGUACCCAAAACUGUUGAAUUUUAUAAACAAAAUUCCGAAAGGGUUUACAACAGAGCAAACCAAAUGAGAGAAUUGGAAGAGUUUAGUAACAGUAUAGUAAAAGAACAACAUAAGGUAAAUUCUAGUUUAGAACAGAUGUUAAUAGAAAAAAUAGAAGACACCCAAAAGGAAAUCAGAGAAAACCAAACAGAAAUUGAAAAAACUGAUGCUAAAAUGGUGAAAUUGCAAGAAAAGAAAAUAAUUUUGGAAAAAAAGAAAAUCAGUUUGAAAAAAAAGAGUGAGGAAUAUAGCGAAAGUUUGAAAAAGCACAGAGAGGAUAUGGAAAAAAAAGAAAAAGCUAUAGAAGAAAGCAUAAAAGAAAGAUUAAAUACUCUAGAACAAAUUGUUGAUGAAUCUUACAAAUCUAUGCAACAUUCUAUGCAACUUCCCAUUUUAUGUAAACAACAAGGAAACCAAGUGCAAGAAUUGUUAACUUAUUUGAAAGAUUUUGAUAAAAAGUUGAAAGAUGUUACUUCGGAUUUGGAAAACAAAUAUGAUGAGAUAACAGUACAUACUCUAGAAAAUUAUAAGAAAUGUAUUUUGAACACCUGCGAGGAUGUGGAUAAAACGUUGGAUGAAAAAGUUAAUGUAUUAUUAGAAAACAUUGAGAUCAUGAUGGGAAAAUCAGAAACAUUAGAUUCGUUCAGAAAUUUUAUCAGUAAAGUCAAGGAGAUUCUUAAUCAACAAGUAUUAGAAAAAAAUAUAAAAGCCACACAUGCAGGAGACACGCCUUGUAGAAAUUCGACAUCUUAUCCUACCAAAAUAAAAGAGGUCACGCCGAGGGAAGCUCUUAUUAAAAAAUUCAAAGAUGCCGCAAUAAAAGAGGAUUUUAGUAAUUAGCUGUGAUUUUAACUUAUUUCAAUACUGUAUAUAUAGAUAUAUUUUAUUUUUUUUUGUGCGAAUAUCUUUACCUUGUAUUCAUUGUAAAUAAAAUAUAUAUAUGAUUAAGAAA